UUUAAAAAUGGCAUUACAUGUACUAUCAAGAGGAGAUAGUUUACCAAACAAUUCCAAGAGUCAAACAUUUACUGAAGUCUACUCUCCUAAAAAGAAAGUUGGUGGUCAUAGGGGAGGCCGAGGCCGUGGUGGCAGAAAUACAAUGGGCCGGACAUCAGUGGCCAACUCCGAGCCCAAAAUGGACGGUGUCGUACAGAGAAUGAUGUCUGCCAAAAACCUAAAGCUGAAUGAACUCAGGAACCAGAUCGAGGACAUGCAGACAGCAUUCCGGGACCUCAAAGAGGAGAACAAGCUCCUCAAAAAAAUGCAGCACCGACAAGAGAAGGCCCUCGUGAAGUACGAGGAAACGGAGGGAGAGCUUCCUCAGAUCAUCGCCAGGCACCAAAACGAGGUGCGAACACUGAAGGAGAACUUACGUAAAACACGUGAGAAAUAUGAAAGGACAGAUCGCUACCUCAGGGAUGCGGAGGAUGAACUUGACAAGGUCAAGGGCAAGUUAAAGCGGUACAAGUCUCUGGCGGACCAGAAUAACCUGAAGGAGAGGGACGAGCUUCAGAAGGAGAACCAGAGGCUGCAGAUAGAACUGGAGGAGAAGGAAAUCAGGGUCAAGGAUUUGGAAAAACACAUUGUAAAUCUGAACAAAAACCACAGGCACGAGCUGGGGAUAGAAAUGGCCAGGAAUCGAGACCUAACCAAGCAGAUGGAUACCCUCCGAGAUCAGAAUAAUCAGAUGGAAAAACUACUCAAGGAGAAAGACAAGGAACUUCAGAUCAAGAACAUUUAUGCUAACCGAUCUCGUGCUCCUCAUCGGCUUCCAGCUUCCUAUGGGGGCACCCCACACGACACUCCCCCACCUAAAGCAAGAAAAAGGGCACCCUCACUGCAAGAUCUGACCCCCAGAGAAAAGGUCAAGUUAUAUGAGGAAAAGAGAAAAGAGGAGGAGAGAAAGCAGAAAGAGUCAAGGAAAGGGCGAGGUAAUGGUCCUAGGAUGGCCUUUAGUGAUAAUAUAGACAAACACAGCCGUGACACACAGAGGUCAUAUGACUAUGACACAUACAAUAGUUAUAGUAGUCCAGAAAAGAAAGAACUAGAGGAGUUUGGGGCAGCUAUUGCAGAUGAGCAACAAGAGAAAAGUUGGAGGGAAAAAGAAGAGAAAGAACGCGAGGAAAUGGAAAGGAGAUUAAAUCAGGAGCGAGAAGAAAAAGAGCGCAGAGAGUGGGAGAGGCGAGAUCGAGAAAGAAGAGAGCGGGAAGAAAGAGAGCGACAAGAAGAAGAAAGGCGGAAAAACGAAGAGGCAGACUGGAAAUUAACGCUGGAAAAAGAGAGGCUCAAACACGAACAGGAACAGAGGGAUAACGAAACGAGACGUCGAGAAGAUCAGCAGCGGCGUGAGCGGCAGGAGCAGGAACGCAGGGACCGCGAGAGACAGGAGCAGGAGCGAAGGGCCAGGGAGGAGCGAGAUCGAGAAGAAAUGGAUGAAAAACUACAGGCAGAAAGGAAGAAAAAGGACGAUCUGUUAGCGAAGUUAAAGGAGAUUGAUGAAGGGAAGAAUAAGAGCAAGGGCCCAGAGAAGAAGGAGGUGGAUACAUUCUUUGUUACGUCAGGAAACGUGGAUGUUGUGGAUAAGAAAACAGACAAAAAUAAGAAAAAGGAGAAGGAACCCGAUACUUUCUUGUUUUCUUCCAGUCGGAAAGACAGUGAUGGGGGGCUAGGAUCAGCCUCCAGUAAAAGUAGCUAUACGUUUUCUAAACCAAUUGAAAAUAUGCAUUCAGGGAAACCGGCAAGAGAUGAUGUGACUGUUCCGUAUAUUGAAAAGAAGAAACAGCAGAAAGCUCAGGAAGAUGUAGAUGAAUUUGGUGGAUACAUGCCGUCAUUCUCCAGCAACAAAACAACAUCGAAAACGACGAAGAAAAGUGGAGGAAUUGUGUUCAAUGACGACUUUUUGUCAUCGAAACCUCCACCGAAAAAGACAAACAAAAAGAGUGAUUUAAUGUCAGAUCUAUUUGGCAAUCAAACAAAAACUACUAGUCAAAAUAAAGAUAACGAUGAUAUCUUUAAGCCAUCCACGACUAAGAAAACAACCACCGUGAAUUCAUCCAAUAAGAGUUCUUUCCCGUGGGAUGAUGAUGAUUCAAAAACUACAGCAAAGAAACCUGCCACGAAGCGCGAGAACUCCACCAGCGCGUUAUUUGGAGGUGGAAGUGCUCUGAUUGAUGAUGACUUUUCUACAAAAGACUCCUCUAAAAUGUUACCAAGGCGACCGCGGCAGACGACCACCACAUUCCAGGCCCGUCCCGCGGUGACUGCGGUAGAUCAUUAUGAUGACGAUAUUGAGGAGGUUAUUCUGUAA